AGUCAGAGGAGUCAGGAAGGAAGCACUUUGCCGCUUCCAGUCUUGUAAAAAAGUCACUUGUAAACUCCUCCAUUUUUGACAAGCGGACCUCAGCGUGGAUUUUACAGCAUUCUCGUCGUACUCGACUCCAUUUCCCUAUCCAGGACUGGACGGGGCAGCUACUGAAACAGUGUUAAAAGAGUGGUCUGCAGAUUGAAGCAACGGCCAUUUGGGAUCAGGUGGUACUCCUCCAUUGUGGUGAACACAGGUGUUGUCGUCUUGUGUGCCAGUGGGGCUGAAGGCUCUCUACGCUUGUCAGGAUGAAAAAGUUCAGGCGACACGGCCAGGAGUCACAGCGAGAUCGACUCAAACAGGAACUCUUUCAGUUCAACAAGACGGUAGAGCAUGGCUUCCCCCACCAGCCCAGCGCUCUGGGCUACAGUCCCUCUCUGCAGCUGCUGGCCAUUGGUACCCGUUCCGGAACAAUCAAAUUGUUUGGAGCCCCCGGUGUGGAAUUCAUGGGCCUCCAUGAUGAGAAUGCUGCAGUCACACAAGUACACUUCCUCCCCCACCAGGCUGAACUGGUGACGCUACUGGAUGACAACAGUUUGCACAUGUGGACUUUAAGAGCCCACACAGGACUUUCAGAGCUUCUCGAGAUUGGACGCUUCACACUCACUGGUCCACCUGGUGCCCCACCAAGUGUGACCCGGGUGACUGCAGUCCUGGCACACUCCUCUGGCGAGCUGCUGCUGCUGGGGACCGAGGGGGGCCAUGUCUUUAUUGUGGAAGUCCCUGGCUUCAGAGAACUAGAAGAAAGGAACAUCAGUCUCGAUGAAGUUGCCAAAAGUGUACCUGAUGAUUAUAUUGGACGUAGGAAUUUAGAACACGUUGAGGCCUUACAGGAGAACCCGGUCAGCCCAAACCAAGUGGCUAUUGGUUAUGGACGCGGCCUCAUUGUCAUCUGGGAUAUUGAGAAGCAGUGUGCUCUUCAGCACAUCCCAGCCACUCAGCAGCUAGAGAGUGUGUGGUGGACAGAAGACGGAGGUUACAUUCUGACUUCACACAGUGAUGGAAGCUACUGUCGUUGGAUGCUAGGUGAAGAAGAUGUGAAUGAAGAGGAGAAAUCAGACAUUCCUUAUGGACAUUUCCCGUGCAAAGCUAUUUCUAAAAUACUUCAGCUGCCUACGAAAGAAGGGCCACCAUUCCUCCUCUUCAGUGGUGGCAUGCCCAGGGCCAGCUAUGGCGACAGACACUGCAUUACUGUCAUCCAUAGUAAAGUACAUGUGGCCUUGGAUUUCACCUCCAGGAUCAUUGACUUCUUUGUCAUCAGAGACAGACUACAUCACACAGGAGAUCCCAGCGCAUUGGUGGUCUUAGUUGAAGAGGAGUUAGUCGUGAUUGACCUGGAGACAGAUGGGUGGCCGGUCAUUCAAACGCCUUACCUGGUUCCCCUCCACAGUUCAGCAAUCACCUGUUCACACCAUGUCUCUGCUAUCCCUCUCAAACUGUGGGAGAGACUUCUUGCCAUUGGAGAGCUGCAAAAUACAAACUACUCCAAAAAGCCAUGGCCAAUAACCGGAGGCCAGAACCUGGCCCCAGAUCCUCCACAGAGAGAUCUCUUGCUGACAGGGCAUGAGGAUGGAACUGUGCGUUUUUGGGAUGCCUCAGGAGUCUGUCUGUAUCCCAUGUACAAAUUAAGCACAGCUGGAGUCUUCCAAACAGAUGCUGACCCCAUGAACCAAGGUGCUGAAGGAGAGUGGCCACCGUUCAGAAAGGUUGGCUGCUUUGACCCCUACAGUGAUGAUCCAAGGCUGGGCAUUCAGAAGAUCCAUCUUUGUAAAUACAGUGGUUAUCUGGCUGUUGCAGGCACGGCUGGACAGAUUCUGGUGCUAGAGCUCAAUGAUGAGGCAGCAGAGCACACUGUGGAGGCCAAAGUAGUGGAUUUGCUGCAAGGUCAAGAAGGAUUCCGCUGGAAGGGCCACGCGCGUCUAGAUGUGCGAGAAGAGCCAGUCCUGUUUCCAGCAGGCUUCCAGCCCUUCACCCUGGUGCAAUGUCAGCCUCCUGCAGUUGUCACCGCUCUCAUUCUUCACUCAGAGUGGAAACUGGUUGCUUUUGGCACCAGCCAUGGCUUUGGAUUGUUUGAUUACCAGCAGAAGAACAAUGUCUUCAUCAAGUGCACUCUAAACCCCAGUGACCAGCUGGCCAUGGAGGGUCCUCUGUCUCGGGUAAAAAGCAUAAAAAAAUCACUCCGCCAGUCCUUUAGACGAAUCAGGCGCAGCAGAGUCUCACUACGGAAGCAUCACAUCAGCAGUGCUGCCAAGCUUCAGGAGGCAAAUGCUCGAUUGGAGGCUGAAUUGGCAGAGAUGGAGUUGGCUCCUGUCCAGAGGAAGAUUGAGGCUCGAUCUUCAGAUGACUCUUUCACUGGUCUUGUACGGAUACUUUACUUUGCUGACACCUUCCUUGCAGACAGUUCACACAGCACACCCUCCCUGUGGGCAGGGACCAAUGGGGGCUGUGUAUAUGUAUUCAUGCUCCGCCUUCCUCCUGUCGAGCACAGGGCAGAUGAGCCUAUCGCCGCACAGCCAGCAAAAGAAAUCCAGCUGAUGCAUCGUGCCCCUGUUGUUGGUAUCGUAGUAUUGGAUGGUCAUGGAGUUCCUCUCCCUGACCCGCUGGAAGUAGCCCAUGACCUUGCUCGUUCCCCUGAUAUGCAGGGGUCCCAUCACCUUCUUGUUAUAUCGGAGGAACAGUUCAAGGUUUUCACCCUUCCUAAAGUGAGUGCCAAGAUGAAGCUGAAGCUGACAGCAGUUGAUGGGUCGAGAGUACGGCGAGUGGGCGUGAGUUGGUUUGGCAGCAGUCGCUCAGAGGACUAUGGCAAGAGUGGCCUGGUGGUUUUGACCAAUCAAGGUGACCUCCUUGUGGUGUCACUACCGGGGUUGAAGCUGCAGGUUCGGUUCCCGUGUAUCCGCAAAGAAGAUGUAAGCGGCAUUGCUUCCUGCGUCUUCACAAAACACGGCCAAGGCUUCUACUUGAUCUCUCCGUCGGAGUUUGAACGCUUUUCACUGUCCACUCGCUUCCUGGUGGAGCCGCGCUGUCUUGUGGAGGUUCCCCAUGGUUCGGCACUGCCAGAUGGCACUUCAUCACUUCCCAGAGAAAGCAGCCAACACAAUGAGCAUGCAGAAAGUGCAGCUAGACGUUUUAUGGAGCAUGCUUUGCUGAAUGAUCACAAAGUGCUACAGGAGAUACAAAAUGCACUGGAUGUUGACCAAGUAUGAUGGGACAUUUAAUCAGCAAGAAACAGACUGCAGUCUUGUACCACACAAACACUACACUGGCCUCUUGGACUCAUCCAUCCGUAGAUUCUCAGGCCUUAUAACAACAUGCUGUGGACAUGGUGGGUGUGGACAGUCAGGACCACAAACCCAACUGAGGCCAGACUCCUUCUGCAUGCAGCAGCUGAGUAGAUAGCCCGUCUAUGCAUGGUGACCACAAAAGAACAUCUCAUCAGAAGUGUUCAAUCCAAUGCUGAUUGGCCCCGACACCACCUAGCUAGUUGACUUUUACUCCCAUUCCUAUUUUAAUGUCACAUUAUUUUAAAUACUAAUUCAUUUAUAAGCCUUAUUGUACUUUUAUAUUGAAAUAUUUAAAUUGAACUUUUAAAAGAAUCUUGCAUUAAUGACCUUCAUACUCUUAGGUGCACAAUUUUUAUAACUUUUUAAAUUCUGGACAAAAGCAUAACUUCAAGCAACGACAUUUUCAACAUUUGUCAUUCAAAGGUGGAUAUGCUUUGCAAGAUUGAACAACAUGCAAUAAGUUCACAUUUCCUUUGUGUUCACACUUUACGGAUGCCCGAGAGAAGCAUACUUUUUUUGUUGUUGUUGUUGCUGUCAUUGAAUUAACCGUGCCACUGUACCAUUCCAAACACUCGGUACAAAGCUUUCUUCAUGUCAAAUGUCCCGGACACUGCUGGAAUACACGUCACAGUGCUGAACUUGCUAACUAUUUUCUACAGGCUUGAGGGGGUUUUAUGCUCAUUUUGUGGAUGUAAAACAUUUUAGACUGUGUAUAUUUUAAUGGAUGAAUGUAAUUGUAAGAUAUUGUAGUGAAAUGUUCAUAUAUGUAUAUGAAUGAGUCAUUUGAUACAGUAUGAAUGUAGCUGCGGGCCUGUUGUAACUGGGGUUGGCUGCUAUUUAGGUUGUACACGAAUAUUUUGGUACUGUGUCACAGAAUGCUGGGUAUUUUAGUAUCAGCCUAGAAUAUAUUUUUGUAGUGCAUUGAUUAAGCCCCUUUUUAAAAUGUCUUCUAUCAGAUUGCAGUUUCCUUGUGUAUAAUUAUUAGAUGGUUUCAUCCAAACUUGUUGUCUGUUAAUUUUCUGGAAAUGAGACAUUGAUUGUGGGUCUGAUACUUAUAAAAAGAAUGAGUCUUAAAAAAAUUGGAAGAUUGGCUUUGGAAAAACAUGCAUAAUACAAAAAAUUCCACAAGAAAUGUUUUUUUUUUUAUUUUUUUAACAUGUCUGGAUGCUCUUUCAAUUCGUUUUCCAUUGCCCCUACUUAGUGUCAACUUUUCUACAAUGCCAACAUCAUUUCGGUAAACACUGCCUGUGGGUUGGAGCUGAAAAAGAUCAAACUGAAGCUGAAAACCAGAAAGUUGAAAGUGAAUCGUCUGAUCCUAAUAAACAGACAAAAUGACUAAAGUAUUAAAAAAAUAAAAAUAAAAAAUCUGAAGGUUGGCAUUGAAAAACAUGCCAUAAUACAAAAAAUAUGCAAUUUUUUUUAUCUCUCUUAUUUUCUAGUCAACAUUUUGCAGUGCCUUUUAAAGUGUUAAUGCAACUUUUUCAACAAUGGCAAUUUUUUAAAAACAUAAUUUCAGUGUCAGCUUUCUGGCUCAAAAAGGUUGGUGACCAGCAAAUUAAAGUUUGGACAAAAGAGGAAAAACAGA